AUGGCGCCGUGCAGAGCGAGGACGCGGGCAGCGGCGGCGGCGGCGGCGCGGGACCAAGAAGGACCCGCGGGGGUCGCGGGGCAGCGGGGUGGGAAGCCGGGGCAGCGGGAUAGAAAGCCGGGGCAGCCGGGUCGGAAGCCGGGGCAGCUGGGAGUGCAGGGGAAACCGAGAGCGCGGCAGGAGUCCGGGCAUUUGAGGCCAGAGGAGCGGGGGCAGCAAGGAGAGCGGGGGCAGCCGGGGCAGCGGGGGCAGCCGGGGCAGCGAGGGGAGCCGGGGCAGCGAGGGGAGCCGGGGCAGCGGGGGGAGCCGGGGCAGCCGGGGCAGCAGGCGCAACGGGAGAGGAGGGCGCGGCAGGGGAAGCGGGGCGGGCAGGAGGAGCCAGGCAAUUUGGAACAGGAGCAGGGGAAGCGGGGAGUUCGCUUGCAGCAGGAUGAGCCAGGGGUUUUAGAGCAGGCUCAAGGGCGAAAGGGGAAGCGGGGGCAGCAGGAAGGGCAGGAGGAGCCAGGGCACUUGAAGCAGGAGCAGGGUCAGCAGGAAGUGCAAGGGGAGCAAGGCGGGCAGGCGAGGGCGCAAGAGAAACGGGGCCAGCGAGGGAAGCAGAGCGAGCAGGAGGAGCGUGGAGGGCAGGGGCAGCAGGAGCCAGGUCAUAUGGAGCAGAACGGGAAGCAGGAAGAGGGGCGAGGAGGGCAGGAGGAGCCGCAGGAGGAGAAGCGGGAGCAGGAGAGCGGGGAGGAGCAGCAGGAGGAAGGGCAAGGAGAGAAGGGUGAGGGUGGUGGUGGUGGUCCAGUUGUUGGCACCCUGAGCUCGCGGCGCCGCACCGAGGAUCGCGGCGUGGGCUGCGACCUGGCGGCCGAGGCGCGGGAGAGCAGCACGGGCAGCGGCCUCAGCGGACUCCAUUCACGGGGACUCACGCAGGGAAACGCUGGCAAAGUGUGCGUCACUGACAACUGCUUUGCCACUGAGAUGCUGGCCACUCUUAACCAACAGCGGCUGCAAGGCGAGCACUGUGACGUGACGGUGCUGGUUGGCGGCCGCCUCUUCUCGGCUCACAAGUGCGUGCUGUCCGCCACCUCGGGCUACUUUGCCUCGCUGUUUGGCUCACGCGAGGUGGCGGUGAUGGACCCAUGGCAGGGUGGAUUGAGGGGGAGGAGCGCACCACUUGGCCGGGACACCGUGGAGGCUUUGGAGGCCUGGGCCUUUGAGCUCAUCCUGACGUUUUUCUACACGGCGCAGCUGCUCGUAACCGACAAGGAUGAGAUGGAGGGCCUGGAGCACGCAGCCCAGGUCCUGCAGGUGCCAGCCCUGCUGCGGCAUAUCGAGGCCAUCCGUCAGGCUCUCGUGGAGAUGGAGCAGAAUAUGGUCGGCCGCGCAGAGCGAGCAUCUUGACGAACCCAAGUUUGCCAGCUGCCACGAUACGAACGCAGACCCCGAAGUAUCAACCUCGGCCACGAACCGGAGCCGCACUUGGAUGACCAUGACGCUGACGUAGAUAAUAGUCAUGGCGCAAAUGACGGUGAUGAUGUCCCAGCAGUGGUGGAUUCUAGCCAACCGGAGAAAAGCAAAAUCCAGGAUGAGCCAACCACUACUGACUUGCAUCCCAGCGGGAAACACGAUGUUGAUGGUGGUGAAGGUAGCCACGGUGACGGUGAGAGCGGUGCGGGUGAGAGCGGUGCGGGUGCGGCACAAGUCCAGUGCUCCGAUGAGGACAAGUGGACACAAAAACAGUCGUCCAGUCGUCUCAACGAAAUCAUCCAGAAGCUGGCAGGGCAAACGACGGCCACAGUCGUGGUUAAGGCUGCCAAGCGAUCCAAGGCCAAACCUGGUCCUGAAAGCCAAGGAGAAGGUGGCUAAUGCCGCCACCAGCACCACCACCAGCACCACCACCACCAAAACUGAGGAGGCUGGCGACGGCGUUGACUUCUGAGAAAGCAGAGGGGCACGGUAACCAAGAAGAGAUGGCAGAAAAGCGAUGGGCUACACUGCGCUGAGUGUUUGCUGACGUUCGAGACCCCAGCCGACCACCGCGCUCACCGCAAGACUCACUA